AUGGCGGAAGAAGUACAAGCCGAUGUAAGGAUUUUGCUAGUUGGAGAGCCAGGGGUGGGUAAAACAUCCCUGGUGAUGAGCUUACUUGAGGACGAAUGGGUCGAGCACGUGCCUCCUAAGCUGGACAGAGUCUUGAUUCCUGCGGACGUCACUCCUGAAAAUGUCACCACCUCCAUAGUUGAUUGCUCAGUUAAGAAUGAAGGUGAAAGCUACAUCAGUACCGAGUUGAAGCAGGCAAAUGUCGUGUGCAUUGUUUAUAGCGUAUCCGACGAUUCGACAAUACAAUGGCUUCCCUUAUUGCGUGAAGUAUAUGGAACAGAUCACGAGAUACCGGUAAUUCUAGUUGGGAAUAAGUCUGACGGGCCAACGAACCAUACAGACAAGGUGGUGCCGAUCAUGGAGCGUUGGUUAGAGGUUGAGACUUGUGUAGAGUGUUCGGCGAAAACUAUGAAGAACGUUAGUGAGAUUUUUUUCUAUGCCCAGAAAGCGGUUGUGCAUCCGACGAGGCCACUUUAUAAUGCCGACGAGAAACGACUCACUGAUAAAACUCGGAAAGCUCUUAUUCGAGUGUUCAAGAUCUGUGACAGGGACAACGAUGGUUAUUUGAAUGACUCCGAGUUAAAUGAGUUUCAAAAACUUUGUUUUGGCAUUCCUUUAACAUCAGCAGCUAUUGAAGAUGUGAAAAGAGCUGUUUCUGAUGGUUGUACUGAUGGUGUAGUCGAUGGAGCUCUGUCACUUCCAGGUUUUCUUCAUCUCAAUGUGCUUUUUAUUGAAAGAGGACGGCAUGAGACAACAUGGUCAGUGCUACGCAAGUUUGGAUACGAGUCAAACUUAAAACUUGGCAAGGAUUACUUAUACCCUAGGAUUCAGGUACCAGUCGGUUGUUCUACUGAACUGUCUCCUGAAGGCAUACAAUUUUUGUCAGCACUGUUUGAAAAAUAUGACGAGGACAAGGAUCAGUGUCUCUCUCCAUGUGAACUCGCUAACCUGUUCAGCAUCUGCCACACAACGACAUUCAAUAAAGAGUUCCUUUCUGCUGUCGAGACAAAUAAUCGAGGAUGGAUAACCUACACUGGGUAUAUGGCCUACUGGAACAUGAUUACGCUGAUUAAUGUGUCUCAGACCAUGGAACAGUUGGCUUAUUUGGGGUUUGCAGUUGGGCGUAAAACCCAGACACGAAUUGGCUCAGUAGCAGACGCGAUUAAAAUAACACGUGAACGAAAAAUCGAUCUCACAGAGCGUGGUACAACUCGCCGGGUAUUCCAUUGUAUUGUUGUUGGUGCCAAAGAUACGGGAAAGAGCGUUUUUAUGCAAUCACUCGUAGGUCGUGGAUUACUGGAUACUGUGCAUACAGGGCGAAGGCAUCCAUAUGUAAUCAAUCGAGUUAAAGUCAAGGAAGAGACCAAGUAUCUGUUGCUGAGAGAGGUGGAUGUACUUUCACCACAAGAUGUUCUGAGCAAUGCUGAGACAACGGCAGAUGUGGUCGCAUUCCUUUAUGAUAUCAGUAAUCCUGACUCGUUUGCCUUUUGUGCCACAAUUUAUCAGAAAUAUUUUUGUCGUACAAGAACACCAUGCGUGAUAAUAGCAACAAAAGUUGAGCGCGAGGAAGUUGAACAACGAUGGGAGGUUUCACCAGAGGAAUUCUGUAGGCAAUACGAAUUACCGAGGCCAAUCAGAUUUACUAGUGAUCAGAUAGGCUGUCCUGGUGGUCCGAUUUUUGAGCAACUUGCAACAAUGGCUACAUAUCCACAUCUGCGACGUAUCUACUACCUCCACGAUUCGAACCUCCUUCAAAGAGUAACCUUCGGCGCGGCCAUUGCAGCUUUGGUUGGCUUUCUUAUUUUUAAGAAUUUGUGA